CACAGGGAGGAUGGAGAGAGACUGUAUGGGAACAUCCGCACAGCAGCGAACCUACAGCCCCAAUCAUCCGACAGCAAACUGCUCUGUCUAGGCAGAGGCUGCAGCAAUAUGCCACUGUCCUGCUGCAACCAGGUCUACAGUAAGAAUUCUGGACCUGAGAGGAACCUAUAGAUAGAACGUCUACAGCACAGCAGACACCCCAAAGCAGAUGGACCUAUAGCACAUAUACAGCACAGCAAAUGGAUCUACAGGACACUUCUAGCUUAGCCAAGAUACCACAGCAGAUGGACCUAUAGGACACCUACAGCACAGAAUAUUGACCUGCAGGACACCUAUAGCUCAGCCAAGAUCCCAAAGCAGGUGGACCUAUAGGACAUCUACUGCAUAGCAAGUGGACUUGCAGGACACCUAUAGCUCCGCCAAGAUCCCAGAGCAGAUGGACUUAUAGCACAGCAAAAUCCCAGAGCAGAUGGACCUAUAGGACACCUAUAGAACAGCUAAGGACCAGAGCAGAUGGACCUAUAGGACAUCUACUGCAUAGCAAGUGGACUUGCAGGACACCUAUAGCUCAGCCAAGAUCCCAGAGCAGAUGGACUUAUAGCACAGCAAAAUCCCAGAGCAGAUGGACCUAUAGGACUCAUAUAGCCCAGCAAAUACCCCAGAACAGAUGGACCUACAGUGCACCUAUAACACAGCAAGGAUCUCAGAACAGAUGGACCUAUAGGUCUCCUAUAGCCCAGCAAAGAUCCCAGAGCAGAUGUUCUUGCACAGAGGACACGGUGGAAGCCAGAAGUCUCUAGCAAUGAUCCUAUAGAAAGUGACCCUAUAGAAGCUUCAAGUAUGAUUUGGAAUUUUCAGCAAAAGCCACGACACGUAUACGAGCUUAUUGCAGAGCAGCUGUCCUACAGCACAGAGCCCUGACUGCAGGAAGUAUGCCUCUGCUCAUAGCUCAUUGCAAAGACUUUGCAGGAAAACAGAGAUUCACGACCAAAGCUGCAAGAAAUCACCGAUCAUACAGCAAGCACGGUGCCCUCAUACAAUAUUAGCGAUCCUAUAUCAAAGGGGCUGGCAUAGAGCAGUGCAUCACUGUACUGCUUCUAAUGCACAGAUCAUAUAACUGACCUUAUAGCACAGAUUUUACAUCAUGCCAGAGGCCUUAUAGCACAGACCUUGCAUGGUGUCAAAGAUCCUAUAACAUGCAUAUUGCACCAUGAUCAGUGACCCCAUCAGUGACUCAAUGGUUAUAGCACACAUAUUGCACAUUUGCACUGACCUUAUAGCAGAGACACCUUCACCAAAUCACUUAUUUUAAAAACAAAAAAACACCCCACCACAAUUUUGGGGCAGUCCCACAGAUUUCACACCAAAUCAAUGACCCACUAAUAUAGGACCCCCACAUAAAUCUGAAGCUUUUGCCACAAAUAAUUUAACCUACUGGACUGAGAGAAACAGCACCAACCUACAGUGGUAUCAAACCAAACCAGUGACUCUGCAGAUUCUAUCCCACAGGAACUACUGUAACCCAGACCAACACACCCACUGUCCUUUAUCCCACACCAGAUCUGGAUCCCUGCAGCAUAGACUAGAGGUUUUGGGAAGAGUUACAUGGCAAUGUGAAGAUCUUGUUUCAGAGGGAAAGUGCUUGCAGACCUGCUGAAAAAGAAAAAUCCUAAAAAAUAUAAUAUACUAGAAAAUCGAAUAAUUCCUGCACAGAUCAUGGCAGGCUGAGGGUGUUCAGAGGGUGAGUGCUGUAAGCAUGGCAGAUGGAAGGGAUUCUGCAGCCUGCACGGCUGCUGCUGCAGCUGCAGUUGUGGUGGGACUUUUAGGGGUGCAAGAUGUGGGCUCUGUGACUGCUGGAGGACUUCAGGUCUCAGGUGGAGAAGAGCUGCAGGUUAAUGGACGUUGCUCAGAGGACAGUCCCCAAUCUGGGAGGAACAGCAGUGACCACUCAAGAGAAAGGGUCCAUGUAGCCGGCAACUUGAGAACCACUGGCAUUAUGAAGGAUGGGUCCCGACAGAAGCAGAAGAAGACAGUGUCUUUCAGUACAAUGCCAAACAACAGAAAGAUCAACAGCACAGCUGCUUGCAUUUCUUUCAUGAUGGAAGGAUGUGAGAUGAAGAAAGUAAGGUCCAACUCUCGGAUGUACAAUCGAUUCUUCCUGCUGGACCCAGACAUGAGAUUCCUUCGGUGGGAACCUUCAAAAAAGGACUCUGAAAAAGCGAAGUUGGAAAUUAAGUCCAUCCGUGAAGUACGGGUGGGAAAGAAAACUCCAGUCUUGAGAAGCAAUGGGUUGUCUGACCAGUUCCCUGAGGAAUGUGCAUUCUCCAUUAUAUUUGGAGAGAACUAUGAGUCUUUGGAUCUUGUAGCCAGUACAGCUGAUAUUGUUAACACCUGGGUAAUGGGGCUUCGGUAUCUUGUAUCUUAUGGAAAGCACACACCAGAUGUUCCAGGGGCCAAUCAGAUAAGUUUAAGAACUCUCUGGGUAUCAUCUCUAUUUGAGAUUGCUGACAUAGACAGGGAAGGACAUAUUCCGCUCUCUAGAGCUAUCCAGCUUAUUAAAGGUCUAAAUCCAGGAAUGAAGACAUCAACUAUUGAGUUGAAAUUUAAGGAGGUUCAGAAGGUCAGUGAUAAGUUUGGAAGUCAUGUAACUUGUGAUGUGUUUGUGGAAGCAUACUGUGACCUUUGUACCAGGCCAGAGGUGUUCUUUCUCCUGGUGCAAUUUUCUAGCAAUAAAGAGUUCUUGGACUUAAAAGACUUGAUGAUAUUCAUGGAAGUUGAACAAGGCAUGGAAGAUGUUGGUGAGGACACUUCUCUGGAAAUUAUCAAUAAGUAUGAGCCCUCCAAGGAAGGCAGAGAAAAAGGGUACCUUACUAUUGAUGGAUUUACUUGUUAUCUUCUGUCAUCUGAUUGCCAUAUCUUUGACCCUCACCAUAAACAAGUCUGCCAGGACAUGACCAGGCCACUGUCUCAUUAUUAUAUAAAUUCUGCACAUAAUGCAUGCCAGCUAGAGGAACAUUACUGGGGUACUUCAGACAUUAGUGGCUACAUACAUGCACUUAGGAUGGGAUGCCGGAGCAUUGAACUUGUUGUUUGGGAUGGUCCUGAUAACGAACCCCUUAUUUACCUUGGUUUAUCAGUUGUAUCGCAAGUAUCCUUCCGAAGUGUCAUCAGUGUUAUUGACAAAUAUGCAUUUGAAGCCUCUGAAUACCCUUUGAUUCUUUGUCUUGUAGUUCACUGUUCUGUACGGCAACAGCGUCUUAUGGCCCAGUGCUUAAAAAAAGUUCUUGGGGAAAAACUUUACAAGGAUCCACCAUGCCAAGAUGAAAACUACUUGCCUUCACCAGAACAACUGAAGGGAAAGCUACUCAUAAAAGGGAAGAAACUACCUCCAGAUAACUCUGAUUCAGAGGGGGAUGUGACAGAUGAAGAUGAAGGUAUGGAAAUUGCCAGAAGACUAGGACAUGAUGGCAGAGAACAUCUCAAUGGAUCUGGACAUAGGAAGUUGCGUCUGUGCAAAGAGCUUUCUGAUCUGGUUAACCUCUGCCAGUCUGCAAAGUUCAAGGACUUUGAAACAUCUAGGAGAAGUCAAAAGUACUGGCAAGUGUGUUCUUUUAAUGAAGUUACUGCCAGUCGAUUUGCUAAUGAGUACCCUGAAGAGUUUGUGAAGUACAAUAAGCGUUUCAUUUCCAGAGUUUACCCAAGCUCCAUGAGGAUAGAUGCCAGCAAUAUGAACCCCCAAGAUUUCUGGAAGUGUGGCUGUCAAAUAGUUGCAAUGAACUACCAGACUCCUGGUCUAAUGAUGGACCUUAAUACUGGAUGGUUUCGUCAGAAUGGAAAUUGUGGCUUUGUCCUUCGACCAUCAAUCAUGAGAGAAGAAGUAUCCUAUUUCAGUGCUAACGCUAAGGAUUCCUUACCAGGAGUCUCGGCUCAGUUGCUCCACAUCAAAAUAAUCAGUGGACAGAACCUCCCAAAACCCAAAGGAUCGGGAGCCAAGGGAGAUGUUGUAGAACCCUAUGUCUAUGUGGAGAUACAUGGGAUACCUGCAGAUUGCUCAGAACACAGGACAAAGACAGUCACACAAAAUGGAGACAAUCCAAUAUUUGACGAGAGUUUUGAGUUCCACAUUAACCUUCCAGAAUUAGCCAUCCUGCGAUUUGUAGUUUUAGAUGAUGACUUUAUUGGAGAUGAAUUCAUAGCUCAGUAUACAAUCCCUUUUGAGUGCUUACAAACUGGUUUCAGACAUGUUCCUUUACAGUCUCUGACGGGAGAGUUCUUGCAGAACACUACCUUGUUUGUCCAUAUUGCCAUCACUAACCGACGUGGAGGAGGGAAAGCACAUAAGAGGGGUCUCUCUGUACGGAAAGGGAAGAAAGUCCGUGAGUACACAUCCACCAGAACAACAGGAAUUAAAGCUAUUGAUGAAGUAUUUAGAACAUCUAUUCAGUCUUUACGAGAGGCAACUGAUCUUCGUGAGAAUGUACAGAAUGCUCUGGUCUCUUUUAAGGAGCUCUGUGGCCUGACUCCAGCAGCAAACAUGAAGCAAUGUAUUCUUACAUUGUCAGCCUGGCUGCAGAACAGUGAUAGCCCACUAACUGUGACUCUCAACCUUGGCUCUCAGUACCCAGCUCUGGAAGCCCAGGGUUCAGUACCUGAACUAUUGAAGAAGGUUCUGACUUCUUAUGAAGCGUUUAUACAAGCAAGUCGGACUCUAAUAGAGACUUCUGAUGCCGUUUACAGCAAAAUUAUUCAGGUUCAAAAAGCAGGAAUGAGUUUCCAUGAAGACCUCCAUCGCAUCGGUGCCAAAGAAGGGUUGAAGGGUAGGAAAUUACAGAAAGCCAUGGAGAGCUUUGCAUGGAAUAUCACAGUGCUCAAGGGCCAAGCUGACCUCCUCAGACAUGCUAAGAACGAAGCUAUGGACCAUGUGAGGCAGAUACAUCACGCUGGCCAAUCCAGUGGCAUUGGCCGCACCAGCUCUCACUCUCCUUCCCUUGACAUCUUCAGGCCACGGGCAGCCCUGGAGCCAAUUCCUGAGACAGACACUGGAGGCAGCAAUGGUUCUUGAGAAUGCUUUUGAACAGCACUAUAGCAAUGAACUUAAUCCAUUUUGGCAGCUAGAAUGGCAUGAAACAUAUAGCUUUCUACAUUGUUAUUGUUGCAGGUCAGUCAGGCAAAUAAUGGAUAACAUUUAGGAUCUCGUCAGUACUGGCCCCAUUAACAGGAGUCCCGAGACCCAACUGUGGCACAUUUUCUAUAAACUUAACCUAAUAAUUACUGCAAAUUUUCCCCAGUUAAGAGAAGCAUGAAUAGAUUUUCAGCAGAAGGCCUAUGUUGUAUUUUUUUCUUUUCAUUUUGGCUCAGUAAUAGACCUGCAUCACUUUCCCCAAAGCCACAGCGUUCCUAAAAUCAUGAUAUUAUGGCCAUGGAAAACAUCAAGCAAAAUCACACGUCUGCUUACAUCAUCUGUGUGCCCACCUCUCUGUCCAUCUUUAUGGAGUGAAAUCACUUUAGAUUGAAAUAUAUUUGUUUCAGAUUGA